AUGGCCAGACCCAAGAGUGAAGUUGUGAUAAGGGUGGACAGAUCCCAGAAGCAGGGUGUGAUAAGGGUGGACAGAUCCCAGAAGCAGGGUGUGAUAAGCGUGGACAGAUUCCAGAGUCAGGGUGUGAUAAGGGAGGACAGAUUCCAGAGUCAGGGUGUGAUAAGAGUGGGCAGAUCCCAGAGUCAGGGUGUGAUAAGCAGAUUCCCAGAAGGAGUAGGGAGUAAGGAGGGACGAGACAGGAGGGAGGGAGGGAGGUGGGGGCAGAGGGAAGGAGGACAUAGGGGAGGGGACGUAGGAGAGGAGAGGGACAGGAAGGACAGGGAGGGAGGGCGGAAGGAGGUGGGGAAGGAGGAGGACGAGGGACAGGAAGGAGAGGAGGUGGGGCAGGGAAGGAGAGGACGUGGGACAAGGAGAGGGGGACAGGGAGGAGCCGGAGGAGGUGGGGGCAGAGGGAAGGAGAGGACGCAGGGGAAAGGAGAGGGCGUGGGAGGACAGGGAGGGAGGCGGAGGGAGGUGGGGGCAGAGGGAAGGAGAGGACGUAGGGGGAAGGGACAGGAGGAAAGUGAACACCCUUACAUCAAAGACCUGUCUAGUGAACAGUCCUACAUCAAGCACCUGUCUAGUGAACACUCCUACAUCAAGCACCUGUCUAGUGAACAGUCAUACAACAAGCACCUGACUAGUGAACACAGCUACACCAAGUACCUGUCUACCAAACACUCCUACAUCAAGCACCUGUCUA